CGCUCAUUGAACUGAAGACCAUUCGGACUCUGAAACCCGAGCGGCAUCGGCUGAUGCAAACUGCUUCGUUUCCUCUGUGCACAUAGUACAUACACAUUCGAAAGGCUGCGUCAUUGAAGCCAAUUGACAACGCCGAGAACCUCACCGGCCAACCAUGGGAGACUCUCAGCCACGAAAAGCACAGGUCAUCAGGGCGCCAUUCCGUCCAAUCGUGACGUAUCGCACAUCGGUAUUUCUGGCCGGCACCACCAGCAGCUCAUCUGGCCCAGACUGGCGACAGACCCUGACCGAGGCCGUCUCGCUCCUACCCGUCACCCUCUUCAACCCACUGCGGCCGGACUGGGACAGCAGCUGGCGCGAAGAUCCCGAGUUCGAGCCUUUCCGAGAGCAGGUGCAAUGGGAGCUCGACAUGCAGGAGAAGGCUGAUGUCGUGGUUGUGUAUUUUGGGCCCGGAACGGACGCCCCGAUCAGCUUGCUGGAGCUAGGAUUGUGCGCCCGCGCUGGCAAGGGAGUCGUUGCAUGCCAUAAGGAGUAUCGGAAGCGGGGCAAUGUCUUGAUGGUUUGUCAGAGGUUUGGCCUGGACGUUGUCGACAAUGUGGAUGAUCUUGCAUCGACGCUAGUCAGGAAGCUCGAGGGCUUGCUUGGGCAGGCAGCUCAAGGUCGGGAGACACUGUGAGAGAGACUUGGACUGUGUCGUUGAAUUUGGGGAAGACGAAGAUCCGCCGGGAGAAUGCCGUCGACCACCUCGAGCAUUGGGAUUGGCCUUGCUUCAUCCAGGUUGCACCUGCAGCGCGCGGAGUUGGAUUUGACUCGGCGACGAUCUCCGAUGAUUCGAGGAUUGGAGGAGUCACCAAUCACGAGAACGAGAGGACUGCGUCAUGGGAAAUUCGUGCGUGUCUGUCAUUAGGUUGGUUUUCCCAAACUUCGUGCUGGUUGGGAAACAGCCCAAAUUCGCAUUGCCAUGCCGGGCGGAUUUUACUUCUAACCUGUCUCUAAAAAAAAAAAAAAAAAAAAAAAAA